CUCCAGUCUCCACUUUAUAAACCCUAAAAGAUUCCCUCUCUCUCACACACCUUAUUUGCAUUUCUUCGUCAUCAUCUACUUUCUUCCUGCAAUUAUUUUUGUUUUCUCUUACCAUCUGCGAAACUAAAAACUCGAUUCGAAGUAGCAUCUCCAGAUUUGGGCGAGAGACCUUUCUGAUAUUCUGCAGAACUUAAGCAAUCAGAAUUGCUAGAUCACAUCAUGGAGGAUGCAACUCAAGUAGCCAGCUCUGAGGUCCCUGUAGUGAAAGGCGAUGCUGUUGACCUUAAGACAGUUGAUGUUUCCGUCAAGGCUGUGAAUGGAGAUGUGACAAAGGAAGGGAAAGAAGAAGAAGAUACAACAUUUGAUGGAGAAUUCAUAAAAGUUGAGAAGGAAGCUUUUGAUGCCAAGGAUGAUGCUGAGAAAGCAGAGAAUAUUCCUGUUCAAGAUCAAACGCAAGUCUCAGUUCAAAGAAGCUCGGGUGGUUCAGAUAGAGAACUACAUGAAUCACAAGAGAAGGCGAAGGAACUAGAGGUCGAAUUGGAAAGGGUAGCAGGGGAACUGAAACGGUAUGAAUCCGAGAAUACCCACUUGAAGGAUGAGCUCUUGUCUGCGAAAGAGAAGUUAGAAGAAACGGAAAAGAAACAGGUAGAGCUCGAAGCUGCCCAAAAGAAGCAGCAAGAGAAGAUUGUUGAAGGAGAAGAAAGAUACAGCUCUCAGUUGAAGUCCUUGGAAGAUGCUUUGCAGUCCCAUGAUGCCAAAGACAAGGAACUAACUGAAGUUAAGGAAGCUUUUCAUGCACUGGGCCUAGAACUCGAGAACUCACGAAAGAAGUUGAUAGAGUUGGAUGAGGGGCUAAAACGUUCAUCUGAAGAGGCUCAGAAAUUCGAAGAGCUGCAUAAGCAAAGCGCUUCUCAUGCUGACUCUGAGACUCGGAAGGCUUUGGAAUUUGCACAGUUGCUUGAAUCGACGAAAGUGAGUGCCAAGGAAAUGGAGGAAAAAAUGGCGUCCUUGCAACAAGAAAUCAAGGAGCUGAAUAAUAAGAUUUCUGAAAACGAAAAAGUUGAAGCGGCCUUAAAGAGUAGUGCUGAAGAAUUAGCUGCUGUGCAAGAGGAAUUGGCACUUUCAAAAUCUCGUUUGUUGGAGACAGAACAAAAAGUGUCUUCCACGGAAGCCCUCAUUGAUGAACUGACUCAGGAGCUUGAGCAGAAGAAAGCUUCUGAAUCUCGAUUCAAGGAAGAGUUAUUGGUUCUUAAUGAUUUGGUUGCUCAGAACAAAGAUCUCCAAGCUAAGCUUUCUGAACAGGAAGGUAUUAAUGUAAAGCUAGUGGAAGAACUCAAAGAGAAAGAACUUCUGGAAUCCUUGUCGAAAGACCAGGAAGAGAAGCUGAGAACUGCAAAUGAGAAGUUGGCCGAAUUGUUGAAAGAAAAAGAAGCCCUUGAAGCAGAUGUAGCACAGGUAACAAGUAAUGCAGUGAAAGUAAAAGAGGUUUGUGGUGAACUAGAAGAGAAACUGAAGACAUCAGAGGAGAAUUUCACCAAAACAGAUGCUCUUCUGUCUCAAGCUUUGUCAAACAAAUCUGAACUUGAGCAGAAACUGAAAUCGCUGGAGGAGGUUCACAAUGAAACUGGAUCUGUAGCAGCAGCUGCUACUCAGAAGAAUCUUGAGCUUGAGGAAGUUGUUCGGUCCUCUAGUCAAGCAGCAGAGGAAGCAAAAGCACAGAUCAAAGGGCUGGAGACACAGUUCACUGCAGCUGAAGAAAAGAACGGGGAGCUACAGCAGCAACUGAACCUGUUGCAACUGAAAAGCGGUGAGGCGGAACAGGAAGUGAAAGAACUCUCUGAGAAAGUAUCUGAACUAAAAUCCGCUGUUGAAGUUGCCGAGGAAGAGAAAAAACAAGCGACCACUCAGAUGCAGGAAUACAAAGAAAAAGUAUCCGAAUUGGAAUCUUCUCUGAACCAAACAUCAUCCAGAAAUUCAGAGCUUGAAGAAGAUUUGAGAAUCGCUUUGCAGAAGGGUGCAGAGCAUGAAGACCGUGCUAACACGACUCACCAGCGCAGCAUUGAACUAGAAUCUCUGUGUCAAACAUCACAGUCCAAACAUGAAGACGCAGAAGGAAGAUUGAAAGACCUAGAGCUUUUACUCCAGACAGGAAAAAGCAAAAUUCAGGAACUUGAGGAGCAGGUUAGCUCGCUAGAAAAGAAGUGUGGGGAAACUGAAGCAGAGUCCAAAGGUCACUUGGGUCAGGUGGCUGAGCUUCAGUCCACACUAGAGGCAUUCCAAGUGAAAAGUUCGAGCCUUGAAGCUGCUUUAAACAUCGCAACUGAGAACGAGAGAGUACUGACCGAAAAUCUAAACGCUGUGAUGGGUGAGAAAAAGACAUUAGAAGAUAAAGUGAAUGAGUACAGCACGAAGAUCAGUGAGUCUGAGAAUCUGUUAGAAAGUCUCAGAAAUGAAUUGGGUGUCACACAAGGAAAACUGGAGGGCAUUGAAAACGAUCUUAAAGCUGCGGGCUUACGGGAAAGUGAAGUGAUGGAGAAACUUAAAUCUGCUGAAGAGAGUCUUGAGCAUAAAGGAAGAGAAAUUGAUGAAGCUUUGAAGAAAAGCAUUGAACUUGAAGCUUUGCAUCAGUCUUUAAGUAAAGACUCGGAGCAGAAAAUUCAAAAGGCCAUGGAGGAUUUCACUAGCAGAGAUUCAGAGGCCAAUUUCUUAACGGAGAAACUGAAAGAGCUCGAGGAGAGAAUAAAAUCAUAUGAAGAGCAGUUGGCUGUAGCAUCUGGCAAAUACUCUUCUUUAAAAGAAGAAUUUGAUCAGGCUUUGGAAAAACUCGCUGCUGCAGAAACCGUUAAUGAUAAACUCAAACAAGAGUUUGAUCAGGCACAAGAAAGAUCUUCUCAGUCAUCAUCAGAGAAUGAACUACUAGCAGAGACAAACAACCAACUCAAGAUCAAAAUUCAAGAGCUGGAAGGGUUACUAGGUUUUAGUUCUGUCGAAAAGGAAACUGCAAUGAAACAGGUGCAAGAGGCAGUUGAAAGGUUUAACCAGAAAGAGGCAGAACAUAAGGACUUAGCUGAGAAGCUCAAAACGCGUGAAAAUGAGAUCCAGGAGCACAAGAGGCUGGCUCACGAAGCAUCAGGAGUUGCGGAUACUAGAAAGGUUGAGCUUGAAGAGGCUCUUUCUAAAUUGAAGAAUCUUGAAUCUACUAUUGAAGAGGCUCUAACCGUUAAUGAUAAACUCAAGCACGAGUUUGAUCAGGCACAAGAAAAAGCCUCCCAGUCAUCAUCAGAGAAUGAACUACUAGCAGAGACGAACAACCAACUCAAGGUCAAAAUUCAAGAGCUGGAAGGGUUACUAGGCUCUAGUUCUACCGAGAAGGAAGCUGCAAUGAAACAGGUGGAAGAGGCAGUUGAAAGGUUUAACCAGAAAGAAGCAGAACAUAAGGACUUAGUUGAGAAGCUCAAAACGCAUGAAAAUGAGAUCCAGGAGCACAAAAGGCUGGCUCAUGAAGUAUCAGGAGUUGCAGAUACUAGAAAAGUUGAGCUUGAAGAGUCUCUUUCUAAAUUGAAGAAUCUUGAAUCUACUAUUGAAGAGCUAAGUGUCAAAUGCCAUGGGCUUGAGAAAGAAAAUGAGGAUCUGGCGGAGGUAAAUUUAAAGCUGAACCAGGAACUAGCCACUCAUGGAUCAGAGACCAACGAGUUGCAGACAAAGCUCUCUGCUCUAGAGGCUGAGAGUGAGCAAACAAACAAAGAUCUGCAAGCUUCAAAGACAGCCACAGAAGAUCUAAUAAAGCAGUUUACAUCUGAAGGGGAGAAAUUGCAGUCACAGGUUUCUUCCCUCACCGAGGAGAACAACCAAGUCAAUGAGAUAUUCCAAAGUACUAAGGUUGAGCUCCAAGCAGUUAUUGAAAAGCUUGAAGGACAAGUAACCUUAGAGAGGUCUAAAGCUGAUACUUUGGUGUCUGAAAUUGAGAAGCUCAAGACUGUGGCUGCUGAAAAAUCUGUUUUAGAAGCACAUGUUGAAGAACUUGAAAAGACUUUGAAAAAAUUCGAAGCUCAGUUGAAAGAAGAGGUCGAAAAUGCAACGGCUGCGUCUGUAAAAGUGGCCGAACUGACCUCAAAGCUACAGGAAGACGAACAUAUCGCUAGUGACCGCGAUGUGCUCAAUGAGAAAGUACUUCAGCUUCAGAAAGAGCUUCAAGCAGCUCAGAGUUCUAUUGCUGAACAGAAACAAGCACACUCCCAGAAGCAUUCAGAGCUGGAGGCUGCACUAAAGCAAUCACAAGAAGAGAUUGAAACUAAGAAAAAGGCAGUCACUGAAUUUGAAUCGAUGGUCAAAGAUCUUGAACAGAAAGUGCAGCUCGCGGAUGCUAAAGCUAAGGAAACGGAGGCAAAGGAUGUAGUUAUCAAAUCUCGAGACGUUGACUUGUCCUUUUCAUCUCCAACGAAACGUACGAGCAAGAAGAAGUCAGAGGCAUCUCCUUCAUCUUCUUCUUCGAGCAACGUUACUGCUACUCAGACGGCUACAACUUCUCAUCUCAUGACAGUGAAGAUUAUCGCUGGAGUAGCUCUGAUCUCCGUUAUCAUCGGUAUAAUUCUUGGGAAAAAGUACUAGUGUUCUUGUUUGGUGUGAUGUUCAUAUGUGAAGAUCUCUCCCUUUAUUUGUUUUUUUUUUAAUUUUGAUAAAAAAUCUCUCAGAAGCUUCAUGAGAGAUGUAAUGUUUAGCAGAAUUUGGGAAGCUUUGCUUCUCUCUGCAGAUUGUUUGUGGUUCUUUUUUUUGGUGGCUUGUUGGUCAAGCAAUGUUCUGAUACUCUUAAAAUUAAAUGAAGGUGAAGUUAUUUGAAAA